AUGAAUUCGAGCGUCUCGAAUUCGACAAGUCGGACCAACAAUGUCGAUUUGCAAUCGAUUUUCGCCGUCGCCAAUUGUUUCGUCAUAAUUCUCGGCGUGUUCGGCAACUCGUUGUCGAUUCUCGUCUAUUUUCGACGCCAAAUGCGCAAAAAUAUCGUCGGAUUUCUGCUAUUGUCGUUGUCGUUCAUCGAUUUGCUCAUGUUUCUCGUCGCGAUGCCCGCGUUUUGCCUGUUUAGUCUGCCGAUAUGGGCGCGCAAAUACGAAAGCGGCUCGUUGCACCUUCGUUUAUACGGCCUCAUCGGUCUGAAAUUCGCGUACCCGUUGUCGGGAAUUCUGAAAAUGUGCAGCCAGUACAUCAUUGUGCUCAUUUCGAUCGAACGAUGGUUCGCCGUGUGCCGUCCGCUUCAGGUUCAAAUCGUCUGCACGCUCACCAACACGAAGAAGGCGAUGGUGUACAUUGUCGGCGUCGCGAUCGUCUUCAACGUCUCGCGAUUUUUCGAGUUUUCCGUCAACGUCACGACCGGCAAAAUCACGCCGCUUCUCAACGAAGCCGACAAAAACCGAUGGUACUUUUGGAUCUACUAUUGCAUUCGCUCGAUCGUCUUCGACACCAUCAUCCCGUUCAUGGUGAUUCUCGUCACCAACACCCAAGUUAUUCGCCAAUUGCGGAUAUCGAGACGCGAGCGGAAGCUGAUGACUUCACAACAGCAAAAAGAGCGAAAAACCACCACUAUGCUUUUGGUAAUGGUUAUUUUGUUCGCUGUUUGCCAUAUGUUCAUCACUGGCACAAAAUCGACUUAUAUUAUAUUUGGAAAUCGCGCUCAGAUGAAGUACCCAAUCAUCAAAUUUCUUCAUCAUUUCUCCAAUCUCCUCCUUCUCACUUAUUCGGCGUCGACGGUUCUGAUCUAUUUGAUGUUCUCGCAGAAGUAUCGAAUGAUUGUGACGGCAAUUGUCUCGUGCACUGAAAUUCCGGAUUUGGCGUCGACGGGAUCACGCCAAAACUCGCAACAAUUGACGAAAUGGCGUCGCGGACGAGCAGCGCUAAAAAUGAGAUUCGCGUAUUCCCAAAACGGAAUAGCAGCGUUCAAAGCAGUGGAAAUCAACACAAAUGCCCAACAACUGAGGCCGGCGAUUCGUGUGAGGUUGAAUCGGCAGAUUUUCGAUCAAGCAUCGUUGAUAGUUAAGGGCCUUAUUGAGUACGAAGUGCCGCGAAUUGUGAUUCCAUCAACGCGGCAAUGCUUCACUGAAGGAUGCGUGAACGCUGAUUCAUUCCGGAUGGCCUCGUUCCGGCAGCCGAGUUUCGUCGCCUUUGAACCCCAUUUCCCGAAUCGAUUUCGGAUACGCGUCAACGAUUUUGACUUUAUGGUUACCGGACAGCUAAGCGGCACAAUUCAAGUGAUUCUGCCGAUUCCAAUCACUGGAACAAUUGUGGUCACUGGCAGAAACAUUGGAGUUAGUGCUGUUAUGGACAUGCAGAAGACAGUGAACGAUUUGCCGUAUUUUCGAUUUUUGGAAUGUCGAAUCGACGGUGGAUUUGUGCUUGCGCAACUAGCCAAUAUGGGAUUGAUAACGGAUUCGAUUAAUCAGAAAUUCGGGAAUAUGCUCUCAAGCCAAUCGAGAAUGCAGUUGGAAGAAGCCAUCUGCGAGCACAUGAAUCGUCUAACCCAACAGCAUUUUUCUACAAGACUCGCGAGAAUUCCGCGCAGUUUUUCCGCCAAAGAGCUCAUGGAGAUCGUAAUUUCAAAUCAUAUCAAAAAAUCUAGUAGCACGCCGGCGAGAAGCUUCACCGCCAUGGUUCGACGAAGGCACACGAGAGCCGCCACCGAUGACAACGAUUAUUAUGACGAUAUUGAGAAGGCUGAGGGACCUAUAAAGCCAAAUAAGGUGGUCCCAGCAGCGAAUUUUCGGCGAAUUCAACUCUCCAAAGAGGAUGUCAACAAUUUCUUCAACAUUGAUCGCCUUGGACAUAUUCUCAUCGACAUGCGACUUCUCGACGCCGCCGCAUCGACAAAUGAUUUUUCGCUGGGAAUCUCGGGAAACGUCUACAGUUUGCGAUCGCAAGGCUCGUCGCCCUACAUCGCUCCUUAUCCGUUCCGCCUUCCGCAGUAUUCGGGAAAUCCGAGGAAAAUGGUUGACGUCGUCGUCUCGCAGUACACAUUGAAUAGUCUUCUAUUCCACGCCCAUAGAACGAAUUCGCUUCUUUUCCACGUGGAUUCCAAGACACCAGGAAUCGGAAGCCUUCUGAAGACGUCGUGCACUUUGGACGAAGUCUGCAUUUCGGAUGAAGUUGGAAAGAUCAAGAGAAUUUACCCGAAUCGCCGAUUGGAGUUGAUCGUUCGCUCGUCGCAACCGCCGGUGGUGAGCCUGAGCCAAGACACCGCCACCGUGAACAUGGGCGGAAGGUGCAUUUUCUUCAUCGAGGGCACCCGACAAAAAAUUGGCGUGAUUCCAUUCACCACCAUCGUUGUUGUGAAUAUGAAGACAAUCAGGAAUAAGCUGCAAGGGACCAUCACAUUACGGACGCUUGAAUUCACUCGCGACGUCAAUUUUCUUGGUCUUUCGGUUUCGGACCUUGAUGGACUUCGACGGACCACCAAAACCGCUCUUCAGAAUUUCGUGAACUCGGCGACUGCUCAAGGUUUUGAUCUCAAUGUUGAUUCGAUACGAUCGCCCCUUCGUCUAUUCAAUCCGCAAAUCUCAUUCGUUCCCAACUCGGUGCUCCUUCAAGCCGACGUCGAUCUGUUCAAGACACUUUAUCACAAAUAG